AUGGAUUCGAAAGAAAAUUCGAGUGUGGCCGCAGAACCAAUAUGUGAGCAGGUUGACGAAAAGCGGAUAUUGCGGAAGAUCGAUUUUCGCUUACUUCCCAUUGUGGUGGGGUUGCAUGCGAUCUCGCUUGUCGACCGCACCAAUAUAUCUGUUGCCAGAAUAUCUGGUAUGGAUGAAGAUUUGAAGCUCGAAAUUGGUCAACGUGCUUUGAUUGUCACAUCCACGUUUUUUAUCGGUUACAUUCUUUUCAACAUUCCUAGUAAUCUUGUGAUUCGGAAUCUCGGAGCAGCACGAUUCUUGGGAACAAUUACCGUUCUCUGGGGGGUAGUAACAAUCGGUAUUGGCGUCGUGAAUACAUGGGUAGCGGCUGCUGUUUUGAGAAGCCUACUAGGCAUCUUUGAAGCAGGAAACACUCCUGGAUCCAUCUUUCUCGUCUCGGCGUGGUAUCGACGAUAUGAGGUCCAGAAGAGACUUGCGGUGUACUUUCUGGGUAGCUUGUUUUUCCAAGGCUUCUCCAACAUUUUUGCGUAUGGCUUGGUCCAGAUCGGCGACCGAACGUCGUACAAAGGAUGGCGAUGGAUAUAUAUCAUAGAGGGUGCAAUUACUGCAGUCCUCGGUAUAAUUGCAUACUUCUACCUCAUCGAUUUUCCAGACUCUCGAAGAACAAAGUUCCUCUCUGAGGAGGAAAAGGCUUUCGUCAACAAAAGACUUUCCUGGGAUCGGGGUGCCAAUGAAACUCAUAAAGUGACUUGGCAAUCUAUGAAGCAUGACCUGAAGGACUGGAAAGUUUGGGCUUGCGCAUGGAUCUACUUCUCUGCCACGAUUGGAACAUAUGCUCUGGGUUUUUUUCUCCCCACCAUCCUCAAGAAGGGGCUUGGGUUCUCCCUCGCCGCCUCGUUUGUCCUGUCAGGAGUCCGGGACACCUUUGCCGUCUUCGUGUCCUUCACUUUGUCCUGGUGGUCCGACAGAGUGAAGAAGAGGGGGCCAUUUGUCUGCGUUCAGGCACUUAUAAGUAUUCUUGGCCUGGCACUAUUGGCAUACACGAAACCGCCGGCUGCGAGACUUGUUGGUGCUUUUCUUGGUUCAGCCGGUUCCAACUCGAUCAUUCCAUCGGCACUAGCAUGGCAAGCCAAUAAUUGUAGGGAGGGUCGCAAACGCUCAGUCUCAAGCGCCCUUCAAGUCAUGUUCGGGGCCACCGGAGGCCUGGUAGCUUCCUAUAUUCUUAGGCAAAAGGAUGCCCCGGACUAUGUUCCAGGUCUUACAACUAUCAUGACUGUACAGGGGCUGACAGUCAUCCUUUCAAUAUUCCUAUCUCUCUGGUGCCAGAGAUUGAAUAAGCUUGCUAAUGAGGGCAAAGUCGUUCUUGAGGCCCUGGAAGGGUUCAGAUACACAAUGUGA